CGGAACAUUUGAAUUAAUGACGCACAUUUCUCACCAUCGACGAGCACGCCCAAUCUUUUCUACCGAUCUAUGAAGUAAUGCUUUCAUAUUUCUUUUUCUCAAAGCUGUCUGUUCUCGGAUAUCUUAAAAGGUGUCGAAACACGAGUAUAGCUAAUCUCGACUCGUUUUCACCGCGUCUCUCGUCGAUAAUUCGAACGGCAAAUUUUUUGUCUACUUUUUUUACGAAUGCUCCUCUAAUUGUACUCUCAAUUUGCAAGUCAAACAGGCGGAAGAGUACUAUAUUUACGAAGGCAUGAGAAAACAGCUUCGAUGACGUCACUGUUUAAAGGUCUACCGUGUUCUUCUGGCGCUAUUCGGUGCCGUUUUAUUUCUGCUUGGGUAGACCAACACCGGACCAGGACCAACAGAUCCGAGCAGACAUGCGAAACCGUCGAGCGAAACUAUCUUCAUAUAUAUUUAUACUGGAAGCGUUUACAGCAUAUCAUUGAUAAUCAUGCUGAAAAUUGAUCGACGAUCGUCUCUUGGAUACUCUGUUUGUUUAACGUCAGAGUCGCGAUGCAACUUUAUUGGUUUUACGAAAAUAGGUGUCUACUAAAUUUCAUGGAAUUUCUAUCGUGACCGUCUUCUUUUUAAUACCACAUUUAUAUCAUUGAAUUUCGAGGAGAGAAAAUUUCUCCAACUGAGAGGAUUGAUGAAUAUUAAAUCAGAAAAUUGAAAUGUUUAAAAGAUGAUUAUAUUAAACAUACAACUGGCAGAAUGGUGAACGAAAGAACUCCUAAAAUCGAGGCUCAAGUUAUGCACGCUAUACGUAGGCUACAGACUGUUAAAGGAUCUACUCAACGAGAAAUCAGCAAUUAUAUUUCCCAGGAAUACGAUCUUCCUUUGCAGGAUGUCAGACGACAAGUUCAGCUCGCUUUGAAGCGAGGGGUUACCUAUGGGAUUCUUCAACGACUGAAGGGAGGAUGUUUCACGUACAAUCAACAGCUGUUCGAUGGACAUUCGUUGGAGACAGAGGUAGAGAUUCCGUGCAAAGGGCGAAGGAGGCGGCGUAAAUCUCGCCGAUCGCGAAGACGUCGAAAAUCGAGGAAAAGACAGCGUGGAAAAAGGAGGAGCAAAAAAGCGGAGGAGAUUGUCAAGGAAAUCGAUGGAAGAGAUUUGAAAAUGCUGACCAAACAAGCCAAGAGAAGCAGCACCCUCUUAAGAAGAGACGUCCCUGAAAGCGAGGCUUCUUCUACCACGUGGAAAUCCGACGAAAUACGGGAAUGAUCCCCUUUCCAUAGUCUACACACUCUACGUUCUACAGACAAAGAUUUACUCAAGAAAAGGAAGCGGAUGCAACUGGUAAACACCGGUGUAGAAUGUUUGCGCACAUCCAUUUAAAUGCAUUUUCCAAUUCAAACACCUUCUGCAAGCUCCUUCGUACUGGGAACUCGAGUUCAUUAAUGAUAUCAUCUCAAAGAAGAAACUGAAGAGUAAUUUGAAGAGAAAUUAAAUAUUCAUUGUGUAUACACGUUUUUAAAUAUCCUCUUGAAUUAAUUUUUGUACCUGUUAUCUUUGUAUGUGUAUUUGAAAU